UCGGGGAUGCAGUGCUGGCCCCGCUCUUUUACAUGCAGUUGUAAGUUUUACCGUCAGCGCGGAUAAAUGAAACGGGAACUGUGUUUAUAAAACGCAUAUAUAGUGUGCUUCAAACCGUGGACGCCUUUGGAACUCGGCGGACAUGGUUUCAAACACUCUCAUUGUGUGAUUCUUUUUCCGUGAGUUUUGGAUUAUUUUAGUCUAAGUGACUGGUGCUGAUGAAUUGGGGAGACAAGGCGCACAUUGCGUGCAUGGGUUUUAAACGACAAUGAAAUAAACAGGGGAAUCCAGAAGUGUCCAAAGUUCAUCAGAUCAAUCUCUGAAGGAUUGCGACCGCACACGCGAGUUUUAAAGUCUUUUUUGUGUCAAUUAUGUAUAUCCUCAUAAAGAUGUCGCAUAAAUUAAUACACAAAACGGGGGUCAAAACAACUUAACGUGAAAUGAGAAAUUUCCUUAAUACACUUCCUGUUUUGGGAACACUUGGAGGUGGAGGGUUUGUAAUAGCGAGCAGUGUAGACGAAGAUAGAAGGCCAUGCUGAAAUGCAGAAAAAAGAAAAUAUAUUGGGUGUGGGCUGCAAAGAAGCUAUUUAAAAUGUGUCAGCGCCUCACGCAUGUGCUUUGAUUUUUCUUCUUUUUUUAUCGUUUUACACGCGUGUUGAAUUUUGCCAGGAUGUUAAUUUUAGGAACAAAAGGAUACGUAUCCAUUCACUGUAUACAAACCUGAUCUUGUAUAUAUAUGUUUACAUGAUUUAGAGGGGAAAGAAAAAAAAUGAGCGACAGGAAACUUGGAUAAAAUAGAAAGUUGUCUCCUUAGCAGAUGGCGGGUCUAUAGUGAUCUGAGGAUAUUUCAGUGGGAUGGAGGAUAAUUAUGACGACGAUCCUCUGGGAUUCCUGGCGGAGUUUAAGAAGGGACGUUACAUGUCCUUCAGUAUCGACAGUAGUAACCUCUACCUGAACGAGAUUCCCGAGGGAGAGUGCAGUGACGCGCGUAUCAAAUGUUUUCCAAAAAAUGGAACCAACACUGACUUUAGAUCGACCGAGAGCUCUGACCACUUUGACGAAAGUCAGAGUGGUGAAGAGCUAGACCGCAUCACACCUCUGAUAGAAAUGGGCAAUGGUGAAAGUAUGCAUAAUAAUCACAGAGGUUUUGAUCUGAGGACAUCUGUAGCCAUGCCUAUGCGUCUGCCGAUGCCAGACCCCCAUGAGUUGGAAAAGAGGUUCACCAAAGUGCUGGCCUCUAUGGACCUUCCCCCUGACAAAGCCAAGGUACUCAAAGGUUACGACGACGAGAAGAAAUGGGACUUGAUUUGUGACCAGGAGCGGGUACAUGCCAAGGAUCCACCCCAUGUGUAUCUUGACAGACUCCGAACAUACCUAGACCCACGGAACAGUCGCGGAUCUCGAGUUCACGAUACUUGCGUUGCCCUUCACCUGGUGGCCUUCCCUUUGCAGUGUGGAUUAGAUGCCAAGAAGAAAAACUUGAAUGAUAUAUCCUCCACACAAGUUUUGAGAGACUUAGAAAUCUCGCUGCGGACCAACCAUAUAGAAUGGGUUCGGGAGUUUCUGAGCGAAGACAAUCAGGGGCUGGACGUCCUUGUAGAUUACCUGUCCUUCAGUCAGGUCGUCAUGAGAAAGGAGCAGCUACUGAACAAAGAGAAGAGUACCAGUUUAGAUGGUCUAGUCAAAAGUCCGGCCAGGAAACUGAAGCGGUCAAACACAAUAGGAUCUCCACGUCACACCAAGAUGUCCAAACUCAACAUGGGGGAGGCCAGGGAUGACGUCCAUGUCUGUAUCAUGUGUCUGAGGGCAAUAAUGAACCACCAAUAUGGUUUUAACCUUGUGAUAGCUCAUCGACACGCCAUUAACUGUAUAGCACUGAGUCUCAACCACCAUAGCCUCAGGACGAAGGCGCUGGUAUUGGAGCUGUUAGCAGCUGUGUGUCUAGUCAGUGGGGGACAUGAAAUCAUUCUCUCUGCCUUCGACAACUUCAAGGAAGUUUGUGGAGAAAGGCAUCGAUUUGAAACCUUAAUGGAUUAUUUUCGAAACUAUGAAGAAUUCCAUAUAGACUUCAUGGUGGCAUGCAUGCAGUUUGUGAAUAUAGUGGUGCAUUCUGUGGAAAACAUGAACUUUCGAGUACAUUUGCAAUAUGAAUUUACACAUAUUGGUUUAGAUGAUUACUUAAAUAAACUGCGACACACGGAGAGUGACCGAUUGUCGGUGCAAGUCCACGCCUACGUUGACAACAUGAUUGAGGUCGCUCAGCUGCUUGAGGACUCAGAGCUCAAAACGGAGGCCAUCGAGCGAGCGGAGGACCUGGAGGAGGAACUGUCACGGGAGAGAGAACAUGCUCAAGAAAUGGAAGAGGAAGCCAUGGCCAAAUCACUGGAGCUGGAAAAGCAAUUAGCAGAUGCCACAAAUAGAAUCGAGGAGUUAGAGGAGUAUUUAGGGCAACAGGAUAAAGAGUUGGGCACCUUACGACAAAUGGUGUCAGAAAAAGAUGAAGAGUCAAAGAAAAGACAGAGCAUGUUUGAAGCUAAACUCAGAGAAAUGGAAACCAUGAGGGCCAAUCUCAGUACUUCAGGUGUUGUUUCAUCCACUGCAGACGAUCUGCCAUUACCACCCCCUCCCCCGCCCCCUCCUGUGGCUGCCCCACCCCCUCCUCCCCCACCUCCUCCCAUAGGGUCCCUCCCACCUCCACCACCUCCUCCUCCUGGAGCCCCUGGGGCACCCCCACCACCCCCGGGACCGGGUGGUGCCAUGACAAUAAAACGCAAGAUUCAGACCAAGUACAGGCUCCCCAUGUUAAACUGGACUCCUCUGAAGCCCCAGCAGGUCAAAGGAACCGUGUUCUCAGACUUGGAUGAUGACAAACUUUUGAAUGUGAUAGACUUCUUUGAAUUUGAAGAAGUGUUCAAACUUGGUGCAGGGCUCAUUGGAACUGACGAUGUUAAAGGAGAGACAAUGAAAAAGAAGAAAGCAGAGAGUGUCAGCCUCAUGGAGCCCAACCGCCUCAGGAAUGUUGCAAUUACAAGGAGAAAACUGGUUCUCAAUAAUGAUGAAGUAUGCCGGGCCAUCAACUUCAUUGACCUGAAGACCCUUUCUCUAGACAUGACAGAUAUCCUGCUGACCAUUCUACCAAACGAAGCUGAGAUGAAGGCGUACAAACAAUACGAGAAAGAGAGGCGGCCAUUAGACAGACUAUCAGACGAGGACAGGUUUAUGUUACAGUUAUCAAAGAUUGAGAGACUGUCACAAAAGUUACACAUAAUGAGUUUCAUUGGAAAUUUCAAUGAAAAUGUUCAUCAUCUAGCCCCACAAGUCAAUGCCAUUAUAGCUGCUUCUAUGUCAUUACGAAGUUCCACCAAAGUCAGAAAAAUCUUAGAGAUCAUUCUAGCCAUUGGUAACUACAUGAACAGUGCCAAGAGGGGGGCUGUGUAUGGAUUCAAGUUACAGAGCUUGGAUAUGCUCACUGACACUAAAUCCAAAGACAAGAAUGUCACCUUAAUGCACUUCCUUGUACAAACGGUCCAAGCCAAAUUCCCCGAGAUCGUCAACUUUGAUUCAGAGCUCCGAUUCUUAGAGAAGGCGGCAGUUGUGUCAAUGGAGAACAUUAUGACAGACUACAAGGACCUGGAGAAGGGAAUGCAGAUGACCCAGAAGGAGUACGAGGCACGUAAGCACAGCAGAGACACCCCGCCGAUACUGAAGGAGUUCCUGACCAACUCGGAGGACAAGCUGAAGAAACUACAGGCCGACAUCAAGACCGCAGAGGACGCCUACAAACGCGUGGUGGAGUUCUUUGGAGAGAACCCUCGCACCUGUUCCCCAACAUCCUUCUUCUCCCAGUUUGUCAGAUUUGUGGCUGCAUUCAAGGCUGCUGUUCUGGAGAUGGAGAAACGCAAGAAGAUCGAAGAUGCUCAGAUAGAAGAGGAACAGGAGCAGGUCAAGAACAAGAAGAAGGACUUCAAGAAGAAUGUACAGAGAAUUAUAUUUGAAGAAAAGAAAUAUGUGUAUGAAGAGAAGGAGGCGGUGGUGUCCGAGCUGAAGACCAGGAACCGCCAGAUCAAGGAGAAGAAACUGCUGGGCAAGGACGAGGUGUACCACGGGGCACUGGAGGACAUCCUACUGGAUCUGAAGAAUGAGCCAUACAGGAGAGCUGAUGCAGUGCGGAGGAGUCAGAGGAGACGAAAUGAAAACAUGGUGCAGGCACCUAAUUCAGAGGAAGGCGAUGAAUACUACUGAUGAAACGUCGAAUUUCUGUCUCUACGUUAAUCCAAUUUAAUUGGCUCAGAGUACUUAUAGUUACGUCUCCAAGGGAACACAGUGCUAAAAUUGGUGUGUAAAACUUGGAAAAAAACCACAAGCGUCCCUCACUUGGGAUGUGGAGCUUUGAUGUGAACUUUGUCAUAAUAGGAAGAAAGGGUUGAUCCCUUGCAACAGUGUAAAAAAUAAUACAUAACAAAGAUCAUUAUUAUACAACUAUCUGUGUGUACUGAACACCAUUAUCAUACAUGAAGGACAGGGAACAAACUAACCCAGAUAUGUACUGACAUAGACAACAAGAGCAGGGAAGCGCAUGAUUGUAUUGUAUGCCACACAUCAUCUACUUUGUGCAAUAUUUGUCUCCUCCAUUUAUUACAUGUAUUUUAGACAUUUGUAGACCUUGAGAAAGGAUAUUUGAUUGUAAGAAAUAAUGGACAACUUUGAAAGAAGUUUUCAGAGCUGAAUGGAAGAUAUAAUGCAAGUUUUGAUACCAUUUGAUCGUACAUGUAUUACCCAGCAUUAACAGUACAUAUAAUACAUUGAUGUUCAAAUUAUUGAUAAAUAAGAUCUUGCCAGAAGUAUUGAGAUAUACAGAAAUUGUACACCCAUAUAAUGUUCAAUAUUUAUUAUAUAUACAAAUUAAAUCAGAUACAUGUAUUUUUAUUUUAUUUGGAAACACUGUCAUUCUAAGGUGGUAAUUUUUCCAAUGCCACAUGAACAAAAA